UAUUAUUAUUUGAUGUCAUUCUAAAUGUGAUUACAAAUUGGACGAAUUGAGAAAGUGUGUUAUUUUACGAAUAAUAUAAAUUGUGAAUAAUCAGUUGAAACUGUUAGAUAAUGGAGAAAAAGAAAAUGAUGUUGUAUGAUUUGUUGAGUACCUUGAGAGAAAGGGUGUUUUUCGCAGCGAGGGAUGGAAUGUCUUUGACCCUAUACGCAUUAUUAUUUGAAAAAAAAUAUGACGAAAUUGAUGAACUAGUCAAUAAUGACGUGUGCUGUGAUGGGGUGAAAUGUACGCCUCUUAUCGCUGCAGCCCGACACGGCCGAGAAGGUUGUGUCAGGAUACUCCUAGACAAAUUCCGGCCACCGGUCAGAAUAGAGACAGAAGGCACAGUUAAAUUCGACGAGUAUGUUAUAGAAGGUGCGACGGCACUAUGGUGCGCAGCAGGAGCAGGUCACUUAAACAUAGUGAAGCGGCUAGUCCGCGCAGGCGCAAACGUAAAUCACGCAACGAAGACACUAAGUACGCCCCUCCGCGCCGCCUGCUUCGACGGCCGCCUCGAUAUUGUCCAGUACCUGGUUCGACAUGGAGCCGAUAUACAUAAGGCGAACAAAUAUAAUAAUACAUGUUUAAUGAUAGCCGCAUAUAAAGGACAUUUAGAUGUGGUCCAGUUUCUGCUAGACAUGGGUGCGCGCGUAGACGAGCGUGCUCUAUGCGGCGCCACUGCGCUGCACUUCGCAGCCGAGUGCGGUCACGCUGCAGUCGUCUGCGCACUCAUAGACCACCACGCCAAGAUGCUCACUAAUGAAAACGGUAUGACGCCGCUGCAGUGCGCGGCGGAGCGCGCGCGCGCGUCGGUGGUGGAGGUGCUGGCGGCGCGGCCCGACGUGUCGCGCGCGCAGGCCAUCGAGGCCUACGAGCUGCUCGGGGCCUCCUUCGCCAACGACAAGGAGUACUACUGUCUCAGGAUGGCAUAUCAAUACCUACACAGAGCGAUGGCGAUGCGGUACGACACCCGCUAUGGACUGAUGCUGAAGAAGCCGGCGGAGCCAAUCCCUGCGUACGAUAAUUGGAGGGAAAGUACUACUUUAGAGGAGGUGGAGCGUCUGCACGGGCAGGCGCACGCGCUGCACAUGGAGGGGCUGGCGGUGCGCGAGCGCGUGCUGGGCCGCGGCAGCCCCGACCUGCCGCACCCGGUCGUGUUCCGCGGCGCCGUGUUCGCAGACGAGGCGCGCUUCGACCGCUGCCUCGCGCUCUGGCGGCACGCGCUGCAUCUACGGCAACACAACCAGGUAUCAGUUGUGAAGGACCUACUCAGAUUUGCUCAAGUAUUCUCACAGAUGAUUCACAUAGGAAUAGAACUACCGUUACUACAGGUUGGUUACGUAUUAGAAGCAUGCGCAGAGGAAUUAAGGAGGGGUCUAAAGAAGCUGGAAAAGCCGCAAAUAAACCACGACCCGGACUCGUUAAUAGAGGAGUACGAGAGUAACGUAAGAACUGCCCUGUAUCUGGUCGCCGUCGCAGCCAGAUUGCUGGACAAUAAAAAUAAUGAGGAUGAAACAGCAAGUUCGAUCCGCCGAGCGAUAUUCGGUUUAAGGAAUACCCGACUGCGCUCCGGACAGACGUUGUUGCAUUUGGCGGCCGACAGGCGGACGCCCGUAGAUGACUUCCACACCAGCGACGUCUGUCAAUUUCCCUGCACAAGGUCGCUAAGGCUACUGCUGGAGUGCGGUUUAGAAAUAGAUGCAGCAGACGACUUAAGAAGGACCGCACUUCACGUCGCACUUAUAUCGUAUCAAAUAACGCCAGACGAACGUGAGCAAGGCAGCGAAGCGGUAUGCGGCGCGGUGUGCGAAUUACUCGGACGCGGCGCGCACGUGGACGCAAUGGAUGCUGACGGCAUCACUCCCCUCGUGGCUUCUAUUGGAAGUCCAGCGGAAAACCUCGUCCGGUCAGCACUGAGUCCUCGACUGUCGUGUCUGGCAGCGACUACAUUAGCCAUGCACGGAGCUAAGUACAACCCCUCGCAAGUACCCCGGGAUCUCCACGGCUUCCUCACCAUGCACGGGGUCAAGGCAAUGCAACAUUAGGUUAGAACUAUAUUCAAGCACAAUACGGAUUUUAUCAAAGCGCCUAUGAUUAGCAAAACAGCUAUUUGAGUCGAUUUUAGAACGUAUUCGUUACAAUUUUUACAUAGAUUAAAUAAUGUAUUAAUAUUUUAUAUAUUGCUCAUAGGAAGUUGUUAGACAUGAUCGUUACCGAUGAUUAGCAAUGUUAUUAAAGUGUUUGUUUAGUUAUUUCAACUUAAAAUAAAUACAAUAUAUGUAUUUAUAGUACAACAAAUAUUAGUAUUUAAACUAUUUGGUAAUAAUGAAAUUUUUGAAAAUCUUAAUCUGACUCUUAAAAAAACAAUACUAUUACUCUGUUUGGCUGAAAUGUUCUGAUUUUAUUAUAUUAUAUAUCUUAUUUUAUUAUAUGAUAUAUUA